AGAAGACUGUAGCCUGAAGUGCAGAUUAACGUCUUCCAGAAUGGGGAGACCACAUGUGCUGCUGCUCCCAUUUCCUGCACAGGGCCAUGUCAAGCCACUCAUGGAGUUCGCCCAUCGCCUGGCAGAGGAAGGCUUCAUGGUCACCUUUGUCAAUACCGAUUUCAUUCAUUCUUGCAUAGUGAAGUCGCUGCCAGAGAACUUCACCAGCAAGUACAGUGGGAGGAUUCGCUUGGCAUCCAUACCGGACGGUGUGGACUCCCUGGAAGGUCGAUGGAACUUCGAAGAAGUAUCUUACGGCUUCCUCCAUAUCAUGCCGAAGUUCUUAGAAGAGCUCAUACUGAAGAUCAAUAAGGAAGAAAAGGAAAAGAUAACGUUCGUGAUACUUGAUGGAAUGAUUGGUACUCUUCUGAGCGUCGCAGUGAAGCUAGAAAUCAAGAGAGCAGUGUUCUGGCCAGCUUCCGCUUGGUUCUUAGCUAUCUUCAGAAAGAUUCCGUUGUUGCUUGCCUCUGGAGUCAUAGAUGAAAAUGGGUUUUGGAAAAGUGAUACACCGAUCAAACUCUCGGAGAAAAGCCCAGCCCUGGACCCUGCUCACUUGUGCUGGAUGUCCUUGAGAAAUUCCGGCAUGAACUCGUUACUUUUCCAGUACUUCCAUAAGUGCGUGGAAACAAUAAAAAACGUCGAUCAUAUAGUCUGCAACUCAUUCACCAAGCUCGAACGGCCAUUCUUGGAGGUCAUCAGCGGUGCUGUUCCCAUCGGCCCUCUGGUCUCAGCCAACCAUUCCAAUCACCAGCCGUCCUCAUUCUGGUGGGAAGACUGGAGCUGCCUUGACUGGCUUGAUCAGUGGCCGGCUGGCUCAGUCGUCUAUGUCGCACAGGGCAGCGUCACGUUUCUCAACCGGCACCAAAUUGACGAGCUAGCACUCGGUCUCGAGCUCACCGGCAGGCCCUUCCUCUGGGUCUGCCGGCCCGGCGUCAUGGACAAAGCAGACCCGCUGUACCCUGAAGGAUUCGUGGACCGGAUAUCGAGGCGCGGGCUCAUCGUGGGAUGGGCGCCGCAGCAGGAGGUGCUAGCACAUCCGUCUGUAGCCUGCUUUCUGACCCAUUGUGGUUGGAACUCAACCUUGGAAGGGCUGAGCAAUGGAGUGCCUAUGUUGUGCUGGCCUUACAUUUUCGACCAAGCUCAGAACCAGACUUACAUAGUUCAGGUGUGGAAGGUGGGAUUGAGCUUGACACAAGGCUGUGAUAAGCUUGUUACGAAGGAAGAGAUCAAGAGCAAGUUGGAUGCCUUGUUAAGCGAUCAUGGUAUCAAAGAGAGGGUCCUUGAGUUGAAGAAGCAGGGCGAGAAGAGCAUGAUGGAGGGCGGUGACUCUUUUACGAGAUUCCAUGAUUUUGUUUCUGUCAUAAAAGGUGAACUAUGAAGCCUUGGCUGCCUUUGUGCAUGGGAUAACUCUUUCAUUGUCUUUUCCUUUUGUUUGGUUCUUGUUUUAGCUUUCAUGGAGGUCGAUCUGUUGAGAAGAACAUGAUCAGAACCAGACCCAAGUCGGGUUCUAAGUUUUGCCAUAGAAAAGGAGGUCCAAUUAAAAAAUUAAGUUUCAUGA